CCAUUAGCGCCACACCACGCUCUCUUCCAGGACGCUGGCACGCUGCUGGUGACUGCGUUUGUCGUUGUGGAGCUUCCGUCUCAAACUGGACACACGCUGUAUUUCCUUUAUUGCUCUGGAGGGAAGAGAAGAACAACUUUCAGCAGGCACUGGAACUUUUCCACUAAGGACUGAGGUUCACCUGCCUGGAGGCGGUGGGAAAUCUCCAACACACUCCAAACACACUGCAAGGACGCGUUAACUGUUUUCCAUCGGGAAUAACAUGGAUGUAAACAAAACUGGUGGUUUUUAAAUGACAUUUAGAGAGUAGAGUUUGUUUUGUUUUUUUGUCCAUUCAGUUUUAGGUGAAGUUGAGACAGACGCGGUUCUCUCUCCCAAAAGAGGUUGAUGUGAUGUGUUUGGACUAAUUCUGCUCUUUAGGUGAAUGAGUGUUGCAGCUGAGAGUGUUGUCGGAAAAGUAACUUUAAAGUGUCCACCGAAAGAGAAAACAUAACGUCACUAGUGAUAAAGUUGGAUAUGGAGGAUGUCCGUGGAUCCUGUAUGAGGCAGCAGCCUGCAGCCAGGAUACACUGUGCUUCAGAGCGCACACCGUGAUGCAGCAGCAGCAGAAGACGUGAGUGUGAUCACAGCUGAACCUGAACACACCUGAGUCCACACCUGUCUGUCCAAGAUGUUCUCACCGCUGAGCAGGAAGCUGACCGUGUGCCAGGCCCUGACUUUUGUCCUGCUGAUGGUCGCUCCUGUCUGCUCUCCCUCCAAGCUGAGCUCGUCCUGGGUUUCAACGUGGGGUCCUUCCAGUGACGCCUCAUUGGUGCGACGAGCACGUGCUCAACAUCAGCUGCAGUUCAGGAAUGAGUGGGCAUCGUGGAAUGGCUGGUCGGUUUGUUCCCGCAGUUGUGGUGGUGGGGCCUCGAUGCGAACACGCACCUGCAUCACCAGAAACCCUGUGGGUGGACCGUGCUAUGGAGAUCCCAGGCAAUACAAGAUCUGCAACACCAAGCAGUGCCCUGCUGGUUCUGAGGACUUCAGGGAGAUGCAGUGCAGUGCCUUCAAUGACAGACCAUUAGUGGCUGGCAGCUCCUUCAGAUGGACCACCUUUCAUGGAGGAUCCAACCCCUGUGAACUGAGCUGUUUAGCCCUGGGUCACAACUUCUACUACAACUUUGGGCGUGUACUUGAUGGCACAGCUUGCAACACGGAGUCGGGUGGAAUGUGUGUCAAUGGACGCUGCCUGAAGCCUGGCUGUGACUCUAUCUUGGGUUCACAGCAGCAGGAGGACGCCUGCAUGGUGUGUGGAGGACAAAACACCACCUGUUUGCACCACAAGAGUGUGUAUCAGAGCGAUGGUUUAGAGGCAGGUGGGCCGUUUGGUUACAACGAAGUGGCCAUGAUACCAGCUGGAGCCACUCACAUCCGUGUCACCGAUAACAGCAAGAGUUAUCUGGCGCUCCAAAAUGGUCACUCCCAGUUUGUGAUCAAUGGAAACUGGAAGAUAAGUGUUCCAGGAGAGUACAGUGUCGCCGGAACCAAGUUACUGUACCGACGGUCAGCAGACACAUGGGAGAGCUUUGAGGUGGCCGGACCCACCCAGGAAGACCUCCAUCUCAUGGUCCUGGCAACAGACAAAAACACAGGUAUCGAGUACGAGUACUGGCUCCCCCCAGACCAGUACUCCCUCUACCAUGGAAAGAGGAGUCCAUUGCGUCAGGCUCACCAUGCUGAUAGCUAUGUACCAUGGGAAAUUCCGGCACCUACGACCACCACCACUCCUACCACCACCAUCAGCCCGCCUCCUUCAGGCACCCACAAACCCCUCUGGUUUUUAAAACCUGCAAAGACCCCACGUCAGUCUGAUCACCACAGUCGACACCACCGGCCCCAUCAGCCCAUCCUGCCUCGUCUGGAGCGGGAGGAGAACCACAGAAACCUUCUGCCUCAGCCUUCGCCUGGAAUAGAUUGUGGGAAAUGCCACCGUGUCAAAGGUCGAAGGGAACGUCAGAAACAGUAUUGUCAAAAGGACUUUGUUUUUCGGGCCAAAGUCCUUGAUAAGCUCUACCGCGGAGAGGAGACGCGUUACGACGUCCAAAUCAUCCACACCUACCGGAACCGCUUCCGUCUGGUGCACCGGGAGUUCCUGUGGGUUCCUAAUGUGUGUGACUGUCCUCGUUUGGAGGAGGGGAAACAGUACAUAUUCAUGGUGCGUCGUCAUAUUAACUAUGAGCAAACUCUGAACCGCAUCCUGCUGGACGAGCUGAGCUACGUGGUGCCAUACCGACCCAGAGAGGAUGAACUGCUGCGGCCGCUUGAAAGAAUUUGCAGCAACAGAGGAAUGAAACAAGAAGCAGAAGCGAGGGGUUGAGUUUGGAGUCUGAGUGUGAGUGUGAGGGCGAAGAAGGAGGUGACAGUGAACGUUUACUCACUGCAGGUGUUCUUUCAAAAACUACUGUUCAUCAGAUCAGAGAGAAAAGAGAAGACAGAGGCACGAAAAGAAGAAGGAGCCACUGAACUGUAGUUAAACAUGAGGAGGAGGAGGGGGAGGAAGAAUCGCCACCAACCAAUUUAAACCAAAACGACUCCAUGUUUAUUUAAACCAGAAAACCAGAGCACUUUAGGUGGACGUUUGUUCCACCUUUAAACAUAAACCAAAGAGAAGAACAUUGACUGAAAUGGCUAGUUAUUACACAGCAGUAGUUUUAUUGAUUUGUUUUAUAUAAAUAUACAUAUAUAUAUAUUUGUGUUUGUAUACUUUGAAACUAAAUAAGGAAAUUCACUUUGAUACCACAAAAAAACCUAUUUUUUACAUUCUCCAUGAAGUAUUUGCCAAAACUCAUCAGUACUUGCAGAGUUUGUAUAAAAACUGAAGAACUUGCCUCAAAACAAACAUUCAAUGUUGCAUUUAUUUUAGUUUUUAGACACACAUUUUUGUGUUUACUUGCGAGACACCUGUUUUAAUUUUAACAAAAUGAUCACAUUAAAACACAUCCCAUAAUUUAAAGCUGCUAGGUAAAACAAAAAUGACCAAAAUGCACUCCUUUCUUUCUCUUUCCAGUUUAGAUCAAACAAAUUCAGUAAAAAAGCAGCAGAACUAGUGAAGUAGAACUAGUUAUUGAAACUCCUGAGUGUCUUUCUCUAGAGCAGAACUGAAAGUCAGAGAACUUCAACCCAUCAAAUCCAGCGCUCCACUUUUGGGCCACAGCUCCACAUAUGAGAACCACAUGUCUGGAGCUAUCAGUGUUCAAGUGAAUAAAUCAGUGUUUUCUGUUGAAAAUGUCUUUCAUUCAUGUUUAAUUCUCGUCACAAACUGAUGUUACACAACAUCAGGGGUUGUAAGGUGGAUUUCCUUUUUAGCUUUAACAGAAAAUAUUCAAUGUAUGCCCUCACAAUAUUUUUAUGCACAAACAAGGUGAAAUCAUUACACUUGUAAAUUGCCUUUCACAGUGUUUGGUAUUCAUUUUAUAUCAUGUUUAAUCAGGUCUGCUUCUAAUACCUUAUGUGAAACAGCAGUAUUUUUAUUUUGUGGCACUGAUUUACUAUAUGCCUGUUUGUUCAGUCUGUUCAUCAAACCUCAGUCACACAUACCAAAAACAACCCUUUGUGUUUGUACAGGGUAGUGUUCAAAUGUAUCAUCAAUGAACAUUUUACCUACUGUAUAAAUAUUUAUAUCAUUUUAAUGCACACUUUCAAACAAUGCACAGUAAAAAAAGAAGCUUUAUAAAGAAAACAGUGUAUUUAUAUAGAAGGCUUCACAUCUACAGCACAGUUCAGGGAUGACACCAAAUAACUCUGGAUGGUCCAGCUGCUCAUUAGAGUGGAAAAAGUCAUCGCAGACACACACAAAGCUCAGCUUCUCUUCAGUAAAGGGGAGAGUCAUAGAAACUGUUGCCAGGUUUCCUCCACAUGAACUUUGUAGACAAGUCCAAAACAGAGGCCUACUUUAGAUUCACAGCACAUUUACCUCAGCAUCGACGACAUCAUCUGAAGGCGAGAGAAAUUCCUCUGGAUUGUACAUAUAUUUUUAGUACUCCCGGUUUCAAAUUGGA